GCCAAGUAAAAUUGUUGUUGUAUUUUAAUAAGUUAAUUAUGGAAGUUAUUAAAUUAAACACGUUUAUAAAUGGUGGGAAACUAAGCUCAAAUUUACAAGCUCCUACUAGUCAGCGCCAUAAACAUGAACAUGAGCAUGAUCACAGUGGCUGUAUAUUGCAGCAUCUCAUCUUUUCCCUCUUCUCUACGCUUUCGCCGCCGCGCAUUUCCACACCUUUCUCUUUCUCCUCCUUCCGCUCUCUGCUUCUCCGGUUUGUCAGAGAAUAUUGAUAGUGGUGGUGGUGGUAGUGGUGGUCCAUGUAUCUUUCCAUUGAACCGUUGCAAAACCAUUCACCUGGUGAGGCAUGGACAAGGGAUCCACAAUGUGGAGGGAGAUAAGGACUACAAUGCAUAUAUGAAGCCUGAAUAUUUUGAUGCACAUCUUACGCCACUAGGCUGGCAAGAGGUUGACAGUUUGCGUAAGGAUGUUCAUGAUUCUGGGCUUAUGAAGAGGAUUGAUCUGGUCAUAGCAUCUCCUUUAUUGAGGACUCUACAAACUGCUGUUGGGGUGUUUGGAGGUGAGAGCUACACAGAUAUAACAGAUGUGCUACCUCUUAUGGUGGAAAAUGCAGGAAACAGCAAUCGUGCUGCAAUUUCAAGUCUGAAUUGCCCUCCAAUUGUUGCUGUUGAACUUUGUCGGGAACAUUUGGGAGUUCGUCCCUGCGACAAAAGGAGAAGCAUCAGCGAGUAUCAAUCCCUAUUUCCUGCAAUUGAUUUUUCACUGAUUGAUAGUAAUGAGGAUACUUGGUGGAAGGCCGAUGUUAGAGAGACAAAGGAAGAACUUGCAGCCAGAGGGCGGAAGUUCAUGAACUGGUUGGGGACAAGAAAAGAGAAGGAGAUAGCAAUUGUGACGCAUAGAGCAUUGUUGUUGCAUACUCUUAGUGCCUUUGGAAAUUACAGCCAUCCCUUGGAGAAGAAAGAAUUAUCAAAGCCCUUUGCCAACUGCGAGCUUCGCUCCAUGGUCAUCGUUGAUUGGUAUGAACACAAUCUAAACAACUUUAAGAGCUCCCUUGCACCUCAGUCGGGGUUUUUAUGAUUUAUUAUCAACUUGUAGUGUGACGGAUAGGAGGCGUUAACCAUAAAAAAUUAGACAAGAUGCCUUCAUGAAGGACCUCUCCUCUAGUGAUGUUGCGCAUGAAAACGCCGAGGAAAAAUAAAAGGUUCUGUAGAUAUUUCAUCGUGACUCAGGAAAUCUAGCAUCAUUAUUUCAAAUUUCACAAAUUAUGCUUCUCGUCUGUUACAGGAAAUAUUUUAUAUGGAAUACUUGUCCAACAAAGUAUUCUCUACUAAGGAUACACGAAUCUCAGUUAUUACAACAUACAUUGACAUGGUCAUAUGGUAUUCGUUCGUGUUUAUUAAUAAUUAUAAAGACUGAUAGUAGGUUAUACUUAA